AUGGUUAUCACCAUUGUCGUAGACCUAAUUGGCAACUCCAUGGUCAUUUUGGCUGUGACGAAGAACAAGAAGCUCCGAAAUUCUGCUGCGCUCAGAGCCAGAGCCCGAGUGUGCAGCAGGCGGUCCGAGCCCGCCAGAGCCGAGCUCCGUCCGCGCAUCCUGGGGCGCACGGCAGUGAGCCGCUGCGGUCCGGGCGCAGCAGGCGGCGGCAGCGGAGAUCCCGAAUUCCGCAACAUCUUCGUGGUUAGCCUCUCUGUUGCCGAUAUGCUUGUGGCCAUCUAUCCCUACCCUCUGAUGCUGCAUGCCAUGGCCAUUGGAGGCUGGGAUCUGAGCCAGUUCCAUUGCCAGAUGGUCGGAUUCAUCACAGGGCUGUGUGUGGUCGGCUCUAUCUUCAAUAUCGUGGCAAUUGCCAUCAACCGUUACUGCUACAUUUGUCACAGCCUCCAGUACGAGUGGAUCUUCAGUGUGCGCAAUACUUGCAUUUAUCUGAUCAUCACCUGGAUCAUGACUGUCCUGGCUGUCCUGCCUAACAUGUACAUUGGCACCAUCGAGUAUGAUCCUCGCACGUACACCUGCAUCUUCAACUAUCUGAACAACCCUGUCUUUGCUGUGACCAUCGUCUGCAUCCACUUCGUCCUCCCUCUGCUCAUAGUGGGUUUCUGUUAUGUGAGGAUCUGGACCAAAGUGCUGGCGGCUCAUGACCCGGCUGGGCAGAAUCCUGAGAACCAGCUUGCUGAGGUUCGAAAUUUUCUAACCAUGUUUAUGAUCUUCCUCCUCUUUGCAGCGUGCUGGUGCCCUAUCAACGUGCUCACUCUCUUGGUGGCUCUCAGUCCAAAGGAGAUGGCAGGAAAGAUCCCCACCUGGCUUUAUCUUGUAGCCUACUUCAUAGCCUACUUCAACAGCUGCCUCAACGCUGUGAUCUACGGGCUCUUCAAUGAGAAUUUCCGAAGAGAAUACUGGACCAUCUUCCAUGCUAUGCGGCACCCUAUCCUGUUCCUCUCUGGCCUCACCAAUGAUGUUCGCGAGACGAGGGAGGCCCGUGCCCGUGCCCAUGCCUGUGAAGAAGCCCAAGCUCAUGCUUGUCCCACUGUGGAGGAAAUGCCAAUGAAAGUCCGGAAUGUUCCACUACCUGGUGAUGCUGCAGCUGGUCAACCUGAGCGUGCCUCUGGCCACCUUGAGCCAGCCUCUGGCCACCUCAAGCCAGCCUCUGGCCACUCCAGGUCUGCCUCUGCCUACCGAAAAUCUUCCUCUGGACAUCACAAGUCUGUCUUUCGCCACCCAAAGCCUCCUGCUGGCUAUUCCAAGUCUACUGGUUACCCCAAGUCUGCCACUAUCUACCCUAAGCCUGCCUCGGUCCAUUCUCAGCCUGCCUCUGAUCACCCUAAACCCGUUACUGGCCACCACAUCCCUGCUGGCAGCCCCUCCAAGACUGCUUCCAGCCCUGCCACCAGCUACCUGAAACCCACCACUGGCCACACCAAGUUUGCUACCAGCCACUCUGAGCCCACCAUUGCCAGCAAUCUUGAGCCUGCUGCCACCAGCCACCCUGAGCCUGCCAUUGCCAGCCAUGCUGAGCCCACAGCUGCUGGCCACCCUGAGCUCACUGCCUCUUGCCACCCUGAGACCACCGCUACUGGCCACCUUGAGUGUGACAUCGCUGACUGCCCCGAGCCUGUCUCUAGCCCUGCCAGUGGGUCCCUCGAGUCUGCUGCCAGCGCACUGGAGCCUGCCCCUGCUGCUGACAUUCUUGACCUCACUGUGGUCACCACUGCCACCAGUGAUUGCCAUGAGGUUGUGGUUAUCAGUGUUGAAGCUGUUUCUGAUGAGAUGGCUGUGUGAAAAGUGCUCUUAGGAGGGGUGGAGCAUAUGUAAUCCGAAGUGAGAUUACACAGACAGGCACAUGCAGACACUGACAGACAUGGUGUAAGCUGCAUCCACCUUUUAGGCAUACUCCUCCUUUACGUAUGUACUCUGAGUGUAUGUGCGUGUGUGUGCUUGCUAUUUUAUAGACCAAAUUUGCCUCAAGUUUUACAUGCUGUUCUGAGCCUUGCUUACCUCCUGAUGGUUGCCCUUGAGCCCACACUGGUCCUUGAAAUCGCAGACUUAGAUUACCCCCUCCUCCCGUGUCCCCAUUUCCUCCAAUUGUUCCUGCUUUCUUCUCCCCUUCCUUGAGGUGUGGGAGGGGAGGGGUGCAUGUGCGCUGGGAAAGGGGUGCUGUGGUGGGGGCUUCUGUCAAGUGAAUGUGACCGCUGAGCUUUAUGUUGUAAGUGGGUAACUCUAUGCUGUACUUUUAAUGGUAGUCAGGCAGUUGUGAUAGAAUGUGAAUACCGGAAACUGUCUUUUCUAAAUUCCAGCGACAAAAUAUGACUCGUAUCUGAAGAAUGAUUCGAUAAGCUCUUAUGAAAAUGAAAAUGAAUUUUAUGCCUAUGAGAUCAAAUGGCAGAAGAAAAGAUAAUGGCUGCACUGAAUUAUUUCUGUCUUUUGAAAAUUCGAACACCGGUGCUGAUUUUUAUUGUCAAACAUGAAUGUGGAAUGGUGAGAUGUUUUACCUUAUUUGUAGUCAUGUACUUUUUUUAAAGUAUUUGCCAGGAUUUUCUUUCAUUUAGUUCCAGAGAAACGAGUUUAUCACAAACUAGUUUCUUCUCCUAAAAUCCAAAUUUACGGUUGCUAGGAUCAAUUAGUCGUGUUUUGAAUAUUAGAAUUCAUAACUGCUCUUUUCCUCAGACAUUUUUUUCCAACAGCCUGAUGCCUCUACAGUCUGUUUUCACAUUUUUCUUUUUCAUUCAAAAGGGAAUUUGAGGUAGUAGCUGGAAGCCAAAACUGAAUGGAGUGCAGCCUGGAGGGUGUGAAUGCUGUUUCUGCCUCCUCUCUCUGGGCCUCCCAACUGGGGAGGGAGGUGGGGUUGGGAGGAGGCCAACUCCAGCGUCCCCACCACCCUUGGCUGAGCUUCAGUGGUCCACAAUGUUAAGUUGUAGAUGUCUUGUAUCAGCACACUUGACAGCCCAGGAAAUGAUUUUUCUCUAGGUUUCAAGAAAAAGUUGCUGUUUAAUAGAAAUUUAAAUUAUUGAUUCAAACUGACACUUCAAGCAAAAUUAUCUGUACAAAAAGCUUGUGAGGAUAAGUGGAAAUGUAUUACACUGCCUUAAUUCAAUUCUGUAUUUGUGGUAGCAAAUAAAAGUGUUUU